AGAAUUUAUAAAGGCCCAACUCAGCAUUUUCCUACAGGCUGGAACUCAGUUUUGGGAUGAGAAAAUGAGUAAUGAGCUGGUUGAAGGACGAUUGAGUGGCUCUGCCUUUGACAGGUACUGCAUGGUGCUUUUUGCUGGUAUUGCUGCUGAGGCUCUGGUUUAUGGUGAGGCAGAGGGUGGGGAGAAUGAUGAAAACAUGUUUCGCAGCAUCUGUGUCCUUCUGCAACUCCCAUUGUCUGUAGCUCAGAUGUCAAAUCAAGCAAGGUGGUCUGUUCUACAGUCUUUCAACCUGCUUAAAUGGCACAGGCAUGCUCAUCGAGCUGCUGUCACAGCUUUGGAAAGUGGUGUUAGUCUUAGUAUUGUAAUGAAGAGAAUUGAGGAAGCCAUGUCUUCUGGCAGAUGAUGUGCAGAAAGUACAUAAACAUGCUGGUUUCUGUGGUCCAAUGGUGCUCGAGGUAAAUGUCCUAUUUGCACUUAUAGGAAGGCUUAAAUAACCAGUAUUUCUCCAUUGUCUCUGCUGUACAGCUCGACAUAGUGAACUGAGGGCAUGGAAGUUCUGAAGCAUUACUCUGAUUAUCAUUCUCUACUCUAUUUCUGUACCAAAUACUAAUUGCAUCCGUCAUCAAUUGUUAGAAAGAUUUUCCUCGGCUGAUAGGUGUCUUACAAGGAGAAUGAAUGACAAAUUUUUAUGUAGUUCCCAAGAUAUAUCCCAACAGGCUACAGUGGAUGGAGGGCACAAAUUUUGGUAUUCAGCUGACCAUUUUUGUCAUAUGUAGUCUAAAAGAUGGUUCCUCUUGGUAUCUUAGCUGCAUUUAGACUGCAAAUGUGAGCGAAGUCUCUCAAAUUCUCAUCUUUUUAUAAACAUUUUAAGAUCAGGGUGCUAUUUUUUCCAUCACUGUUUUGGUUGGAAGAAUGUUAGGUUUUGAGCCAUGGCCUCUUGAUUGUACCCCUAAUUAAAUUAAUGCUGACUUAGCUUUUGUACUAAUCAAGCUACCUCCAUAUU